CCAGCCCUCGGAACUGCAGCGUCCCGGCCGCCUCACGUCGCGGACGAGCUGCUGCUGCAGCGGCCGCGUGCCUCCGACGCAAAGCCGUCCGUCCGCGCGCGGCGGGGCCCCCGACUGACGGCUCGUCGGUUUCGGUAUGGACGUGCGGACCCCGAGCCAAGCUGCGCGCCGGCGGCCCCCCAUGGCGGAGUGAGCGAGGAUGCGCCUCCCCAGCUCCAUCUUUGUGUCGGUGUCUCUGUUCACGGCCGAGACCACGGCGGCGCUGUACCUCAGCUCCACGUACCGCUCCGCCGGGGACCAGAUCUGGCAGGGGCUGACGCUGCUCUUCACGCUCGUGCCGUCCGUGCUGGUGCAGCUGACCCUCACCUUCAUCCACCGGGACCUGAGCCGGGACCGGCCGCUCGUGCUGCUGCUGCACAUCCUGCAGCUCGGACCCGUCGUCAGGUGUCUGGAGGCGUUCUGCAUCUAUGGCAGCGUGGGCCGCGUGGAGGAGCCGUACGUCAGCAUCACCAGGAAGAAGCAGAUGCCCCGCGGGGGCCAGUCUGAGGAGGUGGAGCGGCAGGUGGGGCAGGCGGAGGGGAAACUCUUCACGCACCGAGCGGCCUUCGCCCGCACCUCUGUCAUUCAGGCCUUCCUCGGGUCGGCCCCCCAGCUCACCCUGCAGCUCUACAUCUGCGUGCUGCAGCGGGGGGUUUCCAUCGGAAGAGGCACACUGAUGGUGAUCUCCCUCCUGUCCAUCGUGUACGGAGCUCUGCGCUGCAACAUCCUGGCGAUUAAGAUCAAAUACGACGACUAUGAAGUGGACGUGCGGCCUCUGGCGUAUCUGUGCAUCUUCCUGUGGAGGAGCUUUGAGAUCGCCACCCGCGUGGUGGUCCUGGUCCUCUUCAGCUCCGUGCUGCAGCUCUGGGUGCUGCCGGUGGUCCUGCUGAACUUCCUGCUUUUCUUCCUCUACCCCUGGAUCCUGUUCUGGCAGAGCCACUCGCCGUUCCCCGAGAAUAUCGAAAAGACUCUGACCAGGGUGGGAACCACCAUCGUGCUCUGCCUGCUCACCUUCCUCUACGCCGGAAUCAACAUGUUCUGCUGGUCGGCGGUGCAGGUGAAACUCAGCGACCCGGACCUCAUCAACAAGUCCCAGAACUGGUACCGCAUGGCCGUGUACUACAUGCUGCGCUUCGUGGAGAACGCCUCGCUCCUCCUGCUGUGGUACAUCUACAAAACGGACUUCUACGAGUUCAUCUGCGCCCCGCUGCUGGUGCUGCAGCUGCUGGUCGCCUACGCCAUCGCCAUCUUCUUCAUGCUGGUCUUCUACCAGUUCUGUCACCCGUGCAGGAGGCUGUUCUCCUCCAACAUGACGCAGGGCUGCUGGGACUGCUCCUCUCUGCUCUGCCUGGUGUGCAGCUCUGCUUCAGCUCCCAACAGGCCGGUGAGAAAGACCGUCCUGGAGCCGCCGAGCCCCUCCGAGGGCAAGGAGCCGGCCGAGCGGCGGGCCCAGGAGACGGCCAGCGACAGCACGUACGACAUGCCCAACGACACGACGUACGACAUGCUUAACGACACAAUCUGCGACACUCCCAACGACACCAACAACGGCGGAGGGGAAAUCAAUGGUGACAUUCCCCACAGCAUGACCUGCAAUGCUUAAAGCGUCACAUUUGUGCUGAUUGAGAAACUCAUACUUUGUGUAACCCUCGAAGUGCCACAUGGAUCCCUCUGAGAGUUCACGCUCCUUUGGCCUCAUAAAUCCAUCUCAGCUCCUGACACCUGCGAGCAUGCAGAGGUGGUCACUGCUGUUUCCAUCACAGACAGUGAUGGACGCUGAGACGCUGUCCACUUUUAUGCUGCAUUACUGAUCACAUGGAUCCAUGAAUUUUAAGUGAUUGUAUUUGUCUGUCUUUGGCAUGGGAGUGUGCAUGUGUGGAGCCUCGGGUGAGGCUGAGGCGGAGCCGGAGAGAGGGGAUGACGAAUCUCUUCAGUUUGCUAAAUAACCCCUUUUCCUUACUAGUUUUCUGGCUGCGAGCAAUCAGCUUUUUUACUCCUUGAUAAAAGCUUUAUGGACAAUACCGCGCUGCUUCUGUGGUGUACUUGUGCUUGAUGAUGAGAUGUUUCAUCUCCACACAUCGGUCCAUCACCAUACACGCUACUGUAAAGCACGGAUGUUUUUUGCACGUUUACAAAAACAACAAAAAGGAUUUUUUAAAGUGGCUUUUAGGUGUUAAACCGUCGAGCAGCAGCAGCUGUCGUGAAGUGAAACGCUUCAUCUGGAUGUAUUUGCAUUUUUCUGAUUCAUGCAGGUUACCGUCUGUCAGCUCUAUGUCUGUAUGUCUCAUCACUUACUAUAUCUAACACACCAAGUCUGAUAAUAUCCAGCUGACCAAGCGUCAGUGUUUGAAGUGGUAACAUUUUGCUUAUUUCAAAACUUUUAAAGGAGAUCUAUUCUGCUUGCAUCUGAGGUUGCUCAUCAUUUGUUCCACAGUCAUUCAUUGAGGAUUUGCUAAUUUAAAAGAAAAAAGAUCUGAUUUAGUUAAGAACAGAGCAUUAUGCAUUAUCUGUGUGAUGUUAUAUUAACAGGUAUAACUUCCCUUCAAAUCCAUCCAUCCAUCUAUUUUCUACUGCUUAUUCAGGACCAGGUCACGUGGGCAGCAGUGUAAACAGGGAUGUCCAGACUUCCCUGUCCCCAGACUCUUCCUCCAGCUCCUCUGGGAGGAUCCCAAGGCGUUCCCAGACCAGAAAAGACACAUAGUCUCUCCAGCGUGUCCUGGGUCUUCCCCGGGGUCUCCUCCCGGUGGGACAUGCCCGGAACACCUCCCCAGGGGGGCGGCCAGUAGACAUCCUAAACAGACUCCCAAACCACCGCAGCUCCACCUCUGGAUGUGGAGGAGUAGCAGCUCUACUCUGAGCUCCUCCCUGGUGAUGUAGCUCCUCACCCCAUCAUUAAGGGAGUGCCCAGGCAACCCUACGGAGGAAGCUCAUUUCAGCCGCCUGUAUCUGGAUUUUUCCUUUCGGUCAUGACCCAAAGCUCAUGACCAUAGCUGAGGGUGGGAACGUAGCUUGACCAGUAAAUCGAGAGCUUUGCCUUUCGUCUCAGCUCCCUCUUAACCACGAUGGACCGAUCCACCUGUCAAGCUCACGCUCCAUCCUUCCCCCACUCGUGAACAACACCCAGAAAGAACCGGAAGACGUGGCAACAGGAUUGAGGAGGUUCUCAAAGUAUUCCUUCCGCCAUCUGAUAAUAUCCCCAGCUCCUGACCUCCACUGUAAAAAGUGUUGGAGGAGACCUGCUUUCCCCUCCUGAGGCACUGGAUGGUUUGCCAGAAUUUCUUCAAGGGCGACCGAUUGUCCUCCUCCAUGGCCUCCCUGAACUGAUCCCACCCAAGUUUUUGCUUCCACAACCACUCGGGCUGCAGUUCACUUGGCCUGCCGGUACCUGUCAGCUGCUUCUGGUGUCCCAUGAGCCAACAAGGCUCGAUAGGACUCCUUCAGCUUGACGGCAGCCCUUACUUCCAGUGUCCACCACCGGGUUCAGGGGCUGCCACCACGGCAGGCACUGGAGAUUUUGUUCUGAGCUCCAAGCAGCUGCCUCAACAGCAGAGGUCACGUCCCCCCGUAGAACAAUGGAGUCCCUAGCCGGAGCACUGUCCAGCACCCCUCCUUAGGGACUUCAAGGAGGCCGGGUACUCUGCACUGCUGUUCAGCCCUUAAACCGAAACAACAGUGAGGCACCUGUCCCCGACCCGAAGGCGCAGGGGCAGGACCCUCUCGUUCACCGGUGAACUCCAACACGUGAGGGGCUAUAAGCAAACCCACACCAGACCUGCUGCCUCGCACCACGAGCAAUGCCAGGAAAGUGGAGAGUCUAUCCCUUCUCAAGUGGCUCUCUGGAUUCCAGAGCCCCGGCUGUGUGGAGGUGAGCCCGACUUUAUCUAGUCGGUACCUCCCAACCUCCCUCAAAAGCUCCGGCUCCUUUCCUCAACAAAAUGAAAUUCCACGUCCCAGGAUCUAGUCUGUUCGAGGAUCGGGUCGCUGGGCACUCUGCCAUCAGCUGCCACCCAGUCCACACUGCACCCGGCCCCUACGGUUCCCUCAGUGGGUUGUGAGUACACCGAAGGUCGGGCCCACAUUGAGCAGAGGCCUGGUCACCAGGUGCUCGCAUGCGAGUCCCAAACCCAGACCUGGCUCUGGGGGGGGCACCAGCUGUGCCAUACUGGGCGAUGUCCUGGUCCUUGACUGUAUUCUAGUCAUAGGGGCUUUUGACCUGCUCUUAGUCUGGCCUGUCACCCAGGACCUGUUUGCCAUGGGAGACUAUAAUGCCCCCCGGGAUCAUGCAGGCACUCAAACUUCCCCACCAUAAGGUGACAGUUCAGAAGAGGAAGCACUUAAAAUCCUUGUAUUUUAAAGUGUGUGCUACUACCUGCAUCAUAGUCUUCACGUUUGAGACCAGCCUCAUUAUCCAAAAGGGAUGAUAGUUAAAAUAUAAAAAGACUGCAACAAUGUGGCAUCGCUUCAAAAUGAACACAAGAAAAUGUAACUUUACAGAUCUGAUCAUAAUAGAUUUCCUUUAAUGUGUAUCAUGUGUGAGAGUGAGAGAAUGUCAGUGUGCUUGAUUUUGCACUAACUUUUUCCAAUGUAUCAACAGAGGAUCGACGACCUCGAGAAUCAUGUGAAUGCUCCAGUUUAUACAAAUUAUACAAGAAAUCUUUCAAGCCAAAAAAUAAAAAAAAGAUGACUUUCUAUGAAUAUCAGUCUACUACACAAAAUAAAAGGCAUUUAAAUGAGAACAAUUCCACUUUAAAAAAAUGAAACUAAAUAUAUAUUUAUAUGUGAAAACUGUCUGGGUUGUCUUGUUGUUGUUCUCUUCAGUGUUAUGCUGACAUCUA